GCGAGCCAUCCGACCUUGGGACCGGAAGCGACCAACUGACGGAUCGACAGGCCCGUGAUGCCGUCGCGGCGGCGCCGACGCGGCGACCUCGCCGUCGCGGUGGCGGUGCUGGCGACGGUGGCCCUAGCGGCCGGGGCCGACGGCGGCGCGGAGUUCGACUACAGGAAGCUCUCGGGGAUAAUCAUCCCGGGGUUCGCGUCCACGCAGCUGCGCGCGUGGUCGGUUCUCGAUUGCCCCUACUCGCCCUUCGACUUCAACCCCCUCGACUCCGUCUGGCUCGACACCGCCAAGCUUUUCUCUGCGGUAAAUUGCUGGCUUAAAUGCAUGCUGCUUGAACCCUAUAAUCAGACAGACCAUCCCGAAUGCAAGUCAAGGCCUGAUAGUGGUCUUUCUGCAAUUACAGAGCUGGACCCUGGUUAUAUAACAGGUCCUCUCUCUUCAGUAUGGAAAGAAUGGGUCAAAUGGUGUGUAGAGUUUGGCAUUGAAGCUAAUGCAAUUAUCGCUGUUCCGUAUGAUUGGAGACUGCCCCCAUCAAUGCUUGAGGAGAGAGAUCUGUACUUUCACAAAUUAAAGCUAACAUUUGAAAUUGCUUUGAAACUCCGAGGAGGGCCAUCUUUGGUAUUUGCGCAUUCGAUGGGAAAUAACGUGUUUCGCUAUUUUUUGGAAUGGUUGAAACUGGAAAUUGCUCCCAAGCACUAUAUCCAGUGGCUUGAUGAGCAUAUACAUGCAUAUUUUGCAGUUGGCGCUCCUCUUCUUGGAUCUACUGAAGCAGUUAGAGGCGCUCUUUCUGGAACAACUUUUGGUCUUCCAGUCAGUGAGGGCACAGCACGGUUGAUGUUUAAUGCAUUUGGUUCUUCUCUAUGGCUUAUGCCAUUCUCAAAACACUGCAAAGCUGAUAAUAUCUACUGGAAGCAUUUUUUUGAGGGAAAAGGAGGUUGUCCUCACAAACAACAAUGUGAUGAAGAUGAAUAUAUUUCAGACUACGGCGGAUGGCCCACAGACCUUGUUAAUAUCGAGGUUCCUUCAGCUCGAGAUAUGGGGGCAUACCCAUCCAUCACAGAUAUAACCGAGAACAUAACAUCCAUUAUGGAGUGUGGAAAGCCAACUCUCCUGUCAUUUUCUGCCAGAGAGGUUUCAGAUGGUACUUUGUUCAAAACGAUAGAGGAUUAUGACCCUCAGAGCAAGGCACUUGUUUAUCAGCUUGAGAAGUAUUAUCAGGGUGAUCCAGUUCUGAACCCUCUCACACCAUGGGAGAGACCCCCAAUAAAGAACGUAUUUUGCAUUUACGGGAUUGAUUCAAAGACUGAGGUAGGAUAUUACUUUGCACCAAGUGGCAAACCAUAUCCAGACAACUGGAUAAUAACUGAUAUUAUUUAUGAGCUUGAAGGUUCCCUACUUUCAAGAUCAGGUAAUUCUGUUUCUGGGAAGCCUAACAAUUCCAGUGGUGAUGGAACAGUAUCAUACAACUCCCUCUCAUGGUGCAAGAAUUGGCUUGGACCAAAAGUGAACAUAACGAGGGCUCCACAGGCAGAACAUGAUGGAUCUGAUCUGCAAACAGCCAUGAAUAUUGAUCAUCAUCAUGGUGACGACAUACUACCAAACAUGACGAGGGUUCCGCAUGUGAAGUACAUAACCUACUAUGAGGAUGCUGAAAGUCUUCCAGGAUGGAGAACAGCAGUCUGGGAGCUCGAUAAAGCAAACCACAGGAAUAUUGUUAGGACGCCAGUAUUAAUGCGUGAGUUAUGGCUUGAAAUGUGGCACGAUUUGCAUCCUGAUUCAAAAUCGAAAUUUGUGACGAAAGCUUUCCGAGGUCCACUAAGAAACGAAGACUGUCGCUGGGACUAUGGAAAGGCUCGAUGUGGCUUUCCAGAACACUGUGAAUACAGGUAUACAUUUGGCGAUGUCCAUCUGGGAAUGAGCUGCAGACUGAGAAAUACGUCCGCUAACCUUCUUCAACAGUAUCUCUGAAAUGUCGUGGGCCGAGUAAUUUUGUGUUUUGUUGCUCGCAUGGAAAUGGUAUCUGAUUCCCCAUUUUGACCUGCCAAUGAAAUUAGCCAUCAACAAGGUAGAUACAGUAUCAACCGGAGGCCCUCGAAUGACAGGUCAACUCUUAUUCUUGUCACCAUUUUGGCACACUUAAAUCUUUGAAGUCGACAUAUGCAAAGCUGAAACAACACGUUCGCAUGACAAAUUUUGGUUGAAGAUGGAGGCCAACGUCCCCAGGAGUGUCGGCAGAGUUUUCCUCUUGUCUGUAGCACUGGCACCUUCGGCGUCCUGAAGGUGCCAUGAGAUCAUACACUGAUGUACACUGUAGCAUGGUUUUGUAAAUCAAGCCGUCACAAAUUGACUUAGUCUUACAAAAACGAUACCCUAUAGAUUGGCAGUGUUAAAAUUCUUUACGACUCCCAAUUAACCACCUUGAUUGUAAUGUGCCCUUAAAGAGAUGAAAGGAUGAACUCUGCUCAAUAUUAGACCUUGUUUGGUUAGGGUGACUAGAUUUUACUAAAAUACAAAAGAGGGUGACUAAGGUU